AUGAGCUUCUAUUCUUUAAAGUGCUACCGUCGCUUCUCCCAUACAACAGUGGUCGUGGAGGUCUUACUGCUUCGCCAUCAGCCCUCGGAUUGCCAGGAUGUGCCCACGCACCCCUCUUUCCUCCGUGUUCCCACCCAGUACCCGCUCUGUUUCUCCAUGCCUCCACUGCGUCUGCUGCAGUUCGUGUUGUCACGAUACUCCAUGACAUGGAAUGGCAAGGGUGCAGUGCUGCUCUCAUGGCAGCACCUUCCCCUUGCUCUCAUGGCAGCACCUUCCCCUUGCUCUCAUGGCAGCACCUUCCCCUUGCUCUCAUGGCAGCACCUUCCCCUUGCUCUCAUGGCAGCACCUUCCCCUUGCUCUCAUGGCAGCACCUUCCCCUUGCUCUCAUGGCAGUACCUUCCCCUUGCUCUCAUGGCUGCACCUUCCCCUUUGCUCUCAUGGCAGCACCUUCCCCUUGCUCUCAUGGCAGCACAGCACCUUCCCCUUGCUCUCAUGGCAGCACCUUCCCCUUGCUCUCAUGGCAGCACCUUCCCCUUUGCUCUCAUGGCAGCACCUUCCCCUUGCUCUCAUGGCAGCACCUUCCCCGUGUUCUCCCUUGCUUGCAGGGCGGCAUAUAAGUUCCAAGGAUCCAAAGCUCAGUUGAACAUUGGACUCUCGGAGGAAGAAAAGAGGGAGCUCGACGCCGAGUCGGAGGAGGAUUUCGUGACUUCCAUACGCAACCUCCUGUUGGCUCGCCACCGCGGAUCGUCUCGCCCCAUCCCUCCCUGUCCCUAUCCCCCUUCUCUCUGUCCCAUCACCUCCGACCUCCCUCCGCCUCCCCUCCCCCCUGUCGUUCGCUCCUGCGCGCCUGCAGAACACAUUCAUGACUGUACCUUAUCAGCGCUGCGAAUUCCCAGGAAGGCAAAAGCUCUGAGCUUUGCGUGGGACGUGUUGUGGAAGGUAGAUUUGUGCGGCGCUCGAGAAUAUUUUCCUUCAACAGAGGAGAUUUCCAAUACAAUCUUACAGAAGGAGCACGUGGAGGUGCACCUGCUCGACGGCAGAAGUUUCGUCCAACCGUAUUCCUACUUUACGAUGGUCGACGAACUACGAGGUCCUAUGGCGAGACGUCUGCAACAAGACAACUAUGCGACAUCUGGGUUUUGCAAAGUGGAGGGAAGUGUGGCUGCGCAGCACUACUUAUGGAUUAGCAAUUCGCGGUUCGUGGCGGAUAUUGUGCGGAGUCACGAGUCACGAGCUGAAAAGACGCCCGAAACUCCUGUGCUCCUAAUGUUCAGAAAAAAGGAGUUUCCGAAGGAUGAAAUCAUCUACGACGACAUCCUCGCCGAUCACUCGUAUAUCCAGGAGCCCCUUUUCACACCCCACCCCAUGAACUUCCUUCCUGGACCCUCAGCACCCCCUUUGCUCUCCCCUCCCCCCCUCUAUCACCUUUUGUGGACCCUCAGCAACCUCUCCGACAAGGAGCAUUCGAAUCUCUAA